AUGUAUCUCUUCCUCCUCUUCGCUGCUGCCAGCGCCCUUCCCAAGGACUGCACGCACUGCCAGGUCGAGGAUUCGGCCUUGAUGCAGUUCAAGAAGCACGCUAGCUUGCGGCCAUCGAGCUCUCUGCCCCAAUUCAGUCCUGCGCUUUUGAGCAACGCUGCCGAGACAUCCAACGAGACGGCAAAGAUUUUGCUUUGUGAGGAUGCGGAGCCACAGUCGCCGCGAGAUCUUACUCCUGGCUUCCGGGGUGGCCUGGAGGCCCGGGUACGCCCCUUGGACGGCGACGCCACCCCACGUUUCAUCCAGGCGAACCUGCACUUCCACCUCGGCGCCGAGCACAGGAGUGAGGUCCCGAACGGCUACUUCCGCAGUGCCGAGGACGUUGGGCUCGCAACUCCUCUGGUGCGCCCGGAGUCGUCCCCUUCCAUUCGUGAAGGCUACUUCUGCGGCCUGGAUGAUGUGAGCAGCGACGAUCGGGACUUCUACAACUUCACGUUUUGUAAGGGUGUCAGUGUGAACUACACCUACGAGUUCCAUUGGGUGUACUCCACCGGUGCGCCGCUCGAGGGUCUCCGUGACGAAGGGGCCGAGGGUCAGCUGGGUAUCACGGACGGUCUGGGGGGUGCCGCGAACCGCACAGUCAACCCUAAGUUGAUCGUCCGCGGGCAAGUCUGCCGGAUCAUCCACGACAAGAACCUGCUGGACGUGGAAGCAGACUACAACAACUUCGUCCAGAACUGGCGCCAGCCUCCCUUGGGGAGGGCCGUGCGCUACAUCGGCUCCACGACGGGCACGGACUUCAAUAACUCAGUCUGUUCACCUCUGGAAGUGAACUGGCAUGUAGACACGGAGUGCUGCACUCUCUCCGCGCAAACCUUCGACUUGCUGUGCGAAAGGAUGGCAGGACAGGGUCUCUCCAAGGACCUUGCGCCCAAGCCUUCGCGAGUACUCGUCAGUCAGGAGAUCUCGGCGGGGGUCACCUUCCCGCUGUCGCCGUCUCCCGAGCCUGAGUCGGAACUUUGA